AUGACAACAUCUGAUCAAUUUGAAUUGGGAAAGUGUAUUGGGCAAGGAACAUAUGGAGCAGUGUAUGAAUUGAUUGGACACGAACCCCCAGCUGUGAUGAAAUACAUGCCUUGUGGAAAUGCUGAACAACUCAAGAUCUUCAAAAAUGAAUGCGAAGCUUUGAUCAAGAUCCAUCAUGGAAAUAUUGUCCGAUUGUAUCGACAUGUAGAAGAAAAAGAUAGAGUGGGAAUUGUAAUGGAAUAUUGUCAGAAGGGACCACUCAAGGGGGUGCUUCUUGAUCCAAACAUUACAUAUUCAAUGAACACUGUUCUCACAUGGGGAAUCCAAUUAUUUGAUGCCAUUGAUCACAUGUAUCAGAAACACAAAUUGGUACAUCGAGACAUCAAACCAGACAACAUUUUUCUGACCAAUGAAUACCAGCUGAAGAUUGGUGACUUCGGAUUGGUAAAAGCAGUGGGAGAUGAAACUGUUGCGGGGACGUGUAUGGGAACGCCACGAUACAUGAGUCCACCCGAUAUGAAGGACGAUGGGGUACGGAAUGUCUAUGAACAAAUGAGGGAUAUAAAGGAUUCCCAUCGAAAUGAUGUCUACAGUCUGGGGCUUGUUAUGUGGGAAAUCAUGGAAAGGAGAACCAUUUUCACAAACUAUGAGAGAUCUGGAAUGUUUGAUCGUGACCAAUUAUUGUUUGAUAUUGCACUCAAGCGUCUUACUGAAAUCGAACCACCCGAAUGUCAAUCAGAAAUUCAAAAGAUCAUCUCGAGAUGCACUAACUUUCAACGUAUUCAUCGUCCAGCAGCUUCUGAAGUCUUGGACUUCCUGAAUCAAACGCAGAAAGGAAUCGCCACUUUCGCCUCACUAAUCUCACUGCCAACAGCUCAAGCAACGAACCGAUCAUCAACAAGCCAAAAAAGAAAAGCGAUCAUCGAGAAAUCGAUCGACAAUUUCGGUGAUGAUGGAGAGAAGACUUUCCUCGGCAACGGCGGUUUCGGAGCCGUUUAUCUUCUUAAAAAUCACAAGCCGUACGAUUUU